UCUGACGGAUUUUUUUUUGUUGGCGAGGAAGCAACGACGGAGCUCCGGUUACCGCUUCCGGCACCAAAAAGCAACUCGAGUAAUAAUCUCUGCAACGAAAGUAUACGGUUUUGUCAAUUAAUUGCUUCGAAACUUUCGAUAGUCAGAAUUUGGAGUUCGAGCUCUCUCGAUCGAGAUUGAUUUUGGGAGUUUUGUUCCAAGGAGAGGAUAAAAUGAGUAUUGUUCCCAAGGAGACAAUAGAGGUUAUAGCACAAAGUAUUGGGAUUAAUAAUUUACCUCAAGAAGUUGCGCUUGCUCUGGCUCCAGAUGUUGAAUAUCGUAUGCGUGAGAUCAUGCAGGAGGCAAUCAAAUGCAUGCGCCAUUCGAGGAGAACCAUAUUAACAACUGAUGAUGUUGAUAGUGCCCUCAACUUGAGAAAUGUCGAGCCGUUAUAUGGAUUCACCUGUAAUGAUCCUUUGCGAUUCAAAAAGGCUGUUGGACAUAAAGGACUAUUUUACAUAGAUGACAAAGAUUUGGAUUUUAAAGAGGUUAUUGAUGCUCCACUACCCAAAGCACCUCUCGAGACUACUGUUGUCUGUCACUGGCUAGCUAUUGAAGGCAUACAACCAGCUAUUCCUGAGAAUGCUUCUGUUGAAGUUAUAUCAACUCCUCCUGAUGCCAAAAAGACCGAGCAAAAAGAUGAUGGACUUCCUGUUGACAUUAGGUUACCCAUUAAACAUGUUUUGUCCCGAGAGCUUCAGCUGUACUUUGAUAAGAUAACCGAACUUACUACAAGUAGGCCUGAUUCUACCCUUUUCAAAGAAGCCUUACUGAGUUUGGGAACAGACCCUGGAUUGCAUCCUCUAGUACCUUAUUUCACCUGCUUUGUCGCUGAUGAGGUUUCUCGUGGUUUGAAUGACUUCCGUCUGUUGUUUGCUCUAAUGCGUCUAGUAGGGAGUCUCCUCCAUAAUCCUCACAUACAUGUAGAACCUUAUCUGCACCAAUUGAUGCCGUCAGUUGUUACCUGUCUUGUGGCAAAGAAAUUGGGGAACCGGCUUACAGAUAACCACUGGGAACUCAGAGAAUUUUCAGCUAACCUAGUGGCUUCUAUAUGCAAGAGAUUCGGACAUGUAUAUAACAAUCUCCAAACUCGCUUGACCAAAACAUUGGUGCAUGCAUUUUUGGAUCCCAAACGCACUUUGACUCAACAUUAUGGUGCUAUUCAAGGGUUAGCUGCUCUAGGACCUAAUGUGGUACGCCUUCUUUUAUUGCCGAAUCUUGAGACAUAUCUGAAGCUUCUGGAACCAGAACUUUAUAUUGAGACUCAAAAGAAUGAUGUGAAAAGAUAUGAAGCUUGGCGCGUUUUUGGAGCUCUUCAGCGAGCUGCAGGUCAAUGCAUUUUUGAGAGGCUGAAACUAUUCCCUCUGUUGAUACCCCCAUCUUCAAAAACUGUCGUGAGAAAAUCUGAAAGAAUUGUUGUUUCAAGUAAAGAAGAACGCAAGGCUAUUAAAGAUAAACGCAAGGCCAAUACCGAGUUGAACGAGGAUCAGCCGCCACAAAAGAAAAUGGCAAUAGAUGGUCCAUCGAAAGUUCCUACUUUGCCAUCCGAAAUACAAGGAGGCACUACUACUACAACUACUAGUACUACUACACCUACUACAUCGGCAAACAAUGCGGUUGGAGCUGGCCCUUCGUCAUCAUCGUCAUUGUUACCAAAAUCAUUGAUCAUUAACGAAACGGUUGCACUGGCAAGAAGUAAAGGAGGAAUGGUUGAAGCUCUUAAGAUAUCGGCAAUGCUAAACCAGGUUUGGAAGGAUGAUCUCAACUCCGGUCAGCUUCCAGCAUCGAUAGUGGAUCAGUUUGGCGAAAGCAUUCUUCACCCGUUUAUUCCGACAAUUGAGAAGUCUAUAUUCUUGUGAUGUUUUAAUCUGCUUAGAAUUAUUGAAUUUGAACUGCAGGUAUUAUUAUUUGUAUUCUAGAGUGUUUACAAGUCUAUUUUAAGCCUAUGAAUAAAUUGUAAUUUGUGAAAUCUCUUAAUUUAGAAUCUAGAUUAGAAGAUGUAGU